CCCUAGUUCGGUUGCAGCGGAUGUCGCUUAUCAACUUUUGAUAGCAGCGGCGAGCCUUGUGCAAAGCUAAUUUAAGCAAUGUUUUUUCUUUAUCACCUAGUUUAGAUUUAGAUGCACUGUUCUUCUGCAGGAUUAUGCAUUUCUACGCGUGAUCGCACAUUUGUAGCCGCUGCAAUUUGACGCAUUCCUCAGUUGUUUUGGAGGGAGAGGAGACUCCAUUUUCCUGGCUGGCUGCUGCAGCAACACGGCGGGGAAGCUAGCUGGGUAUGCGGCUAAGCUAACCCCUCUCCACGGCGAAGAAAACCACAGCGAGCGGGGGGCUUGCGGGUACUGUCCCUUUGACGAUACUUUUGUUGACUGCAAAAUACUCCCAGCAUGCUGAUGGUGGGAGGCGAUGGACUGCUGCACUAGAAUGAGUGUGAGGGAGCUGUGUGAGACGGAUGACCUGGCCACCAGCCUGGUGUUGGACCCACUCCUGGGCUUCAGCACCCACAAGAUGAACAUCAGCCCCCCUCCUGAGGUGCGGCGAUGGGGGAACCUGAAGGAAACUCUUCUGAGGUUCCAGAGGACGCGAGACUUCGACGCCACGUUUGAGGCUCUGACUGAUGGAGAACUCGCCGGAAACUACUUCAACGCUCUGGGGUCCCACAGACAGGACCUUCUUCGGCAACAUGUGUACCGUUACCUGAGCGCCUUCCUUUUGGACAGUGGAGUGAAGCUGGAGUCAUGUGACCGAUACUCCUCCGAGACCAAUGGGGCCAAGAUCACCGCCACAAGACACUGGUUUGUGGGGGAGCGUGUGGAGGUGCUGUUGGGCUGUAUCGCUGAGCUGAGUCCUUCCGACAGUGCAGUGCUUCGGGCUGGAAUCAACGACUUCAGCGUCAUGUACUCCACACGGAAACGCUGCGCUCAACUGUGGCUCGGACCAGCCGCCUUCAUCAACCACGACUGCAAGCCCAACUGCAAGUUCGUCCCCAGUGAGAAGAAUGUCGCGUGUGUGGAAGUCGUCCGCCCAAUCGCGCCUGGCGAAGAAAUCACCUGUUACUACGGGGCGAGCUUCUUCGGUGAAGGCAACGAGAUGUGUGAAUGCUGCACUUGUGAACGGAACGGAGAAGGUUAUUUCAAGCAGAAGGGGAAGAAGCCGGACUCAGAGGAAACCAAGGAUUCUCAAAAAUAUCGACUGAGAGAGCGAUAUCUGCACAAACAUCGAGAAAAGGGACAUUUGAAUCGUCAGAUCACUCCUGGAGCUCACACAGCCAUCCCCUCCAGAAACUCCUUCACACAGCAGAUGAGAAGAAAUGCUCUGAAGAACCGUCAGCUGGCGAAGAGGUGGAGACAUCGCCGAUCACCCAAACGACUCUUAAACAAGAACAAACCAUCUGGACUGAAGCGUGUCAAGACUCUCCCGCUUUUGUCCGAAGUGACUCUACGAGAAGUACAAGUCCGAAUCCGCCGCCACUCUGUAGAUUUCCUAUUGAGCUGUAAGGAUCCGAAAAGUAAAGAGAGGGCUUUGCUACUGCAGCUGGAAGAAAUUAAACCAAAAGAGAAGACUCCGCAUCAGAAACAAAACGGUUCUUCGGAGGUUAACUUGAAGCCGUUUGGUCUGAAAUCCUCCAUCACUCAACGCAAAAGUGGGCAACCAUUUCCGAACGCAAGCAUUAAGAAGAAGUGUAUGAAAGUGGCUGAUAGGCGCGUAAUUCAUCUGAGAACCUCUUCAAGGACAAGAAGCAAAGAAAACCUAGCUGUUUCUGAUAACAGCAAGGAUAGUAAAAAGUCAGUGGAGCUAGAGAAGGACACCUGCAGUCCAAUCAAGCCUGAAGACGGCAUGAAGCAAUCAACUGAAGAUAGUAAGAAAGUUGUAGAAGAGACUAUCACGAAAGAUGCAACGCAAAAAGAGGCUACUCCUAUCAAAAAUACGGCCACGCCUAAAUUAACCCCUGUGAAAGAAGUUAAAAAGGUUGAGAAAAAGACCAAGGAUAAUCCACAACAUGCAUUCAAGCAAUAUCUCACCAUAAGUCUCACAAGAGUAACGAUACCGCAAGAAAAAGUUGAGGUGAAGGAGAUGAGAAAGCAAGUUUGCAGACGAACCAAGGGCCCAAAAAGCGUGCAACUCCUAAAGGCACAAAAACGAGAGUUAGAAAUGUUGCAGGAGCAUAAGGAUGCCAUUUUAGAAACAGCAGAGGGAAGCACAGGUGUUAAGGAAAUGCUGUUCAAAGCUGGUGAUAAAGUCAGUGUACAAGAUACUAGUAAUAAGGAGGAAUUGACUACGAAGGAAAGCGUUAAAACUGUACAAAAGCAAAAACCAGAGAAGAGAACACUACGGCCGAAGCAGGUCGAUGCCAGUGUAGAACCAGCAGAGGUCAGCACUGGAGUUAAAGAAAUGCUGUUUAAGACUGGUGAUAAAGUUAGUGUGCAAGAUACAAAGAAUGACAAUAUAGCUGCGGCUGUGACUUCUAAGAAAGGUGCAAAAACUGUACAAAAUGUGGAAAAGCUAAAGCCAGAAAGACCAGAAAAGCGGUCACUACGGCAACAGAAACAGGUAGGUGCCAGUGUAGAACCAACUGAAGCAGCUACAGGAGUAAAGGAAAUUCCAAUUAAAGCUAGUGAUAAAGUCAGUGUACAAGAUGUGAGUAAUGAUAAUGCGGAUUUAUCUUCCAGGGAGAGUUUGAAAAAUGUACCAGAAAAGAGGACACUGAGAAAAAAGCAGGUAGGUGCUAGUGUAGAAACAGCUAAAGUGGGUACAGCGGUUAAAGAAAAUAACGCUAAGGUUGAUGAUAAGGUCAGUGGACAAGAUUCAAGUAAUAAUGUUGAUGAUUUAAAUUGCAGGAAAACAUCGAAAAUUGCUCAAAAACCAGAAAAGAGAGUGUUGAGAUGUACACAGAAACAGGUAGGUGCCAGUGUAGAUGCAGCAGAUGGGAACACAGGUGUGAAAGAAAUGCUAUUUAAAACCGGAGAUAAGGUGAGUGUGCAGGAAAAGAGUAAUGAUGUUGAUGACUCAAAUUGCAGGGAGAUUUCCAUGAAAGAAAAAGUGGUUAAAAAACAGGAGGAGAAGGGAGAGAAGCCUGCAGAGGACAAGGCAAAACAAGAUCAGCCAAAAGAAGUAAGUAAAGUUGAAAUUAAAGAAACCGAAACUGAACUGACGCAAAAUGUUCCAAGAGUUCAAAAGGCGAAGAGGUCUCGUGGUAGUAUUUUUACUUCCAAAGAAGGACUACAAGAGAGUACAAGCAAAGAACUACAGCAAGAUGAUGGUGUCGCUAUCAAAUAUGCUAGAGUUGUUUUGAUGGACAUUUUGAAAACCGAUAAAGCUAAAAUAGAUGACAUUUUCCUGAAAGAUAUUGUGGAAGUUACUCAAACCAUACUCGCAAGUAAUGAAUCAAAACCUCAAGGUAUCAAGCAGAGAAAAGUCAUGUCAAGAGCAGCUAGGUUGAGGGCCGAAGCUAAUAUCAGAGCUAGAAGACGCAAUGGGAAAAAUGUGGAAAUUAACAUAAACACUGAUUUAAUUGGUGAAAAUGCACAAUUUGGAAAUGAAAUGUGUGAUAAGCAACCAGUGAAAUGCCUGAACAGCCUACCUCACAAGUCAACCGUUUCAACAAAAGCUAAUUUGCAAUCACACAUCCAGUCAAAUAUACCUCUGAAAAAACGUACAUUUCAUAGCGCUGUUGAUGAAGCUGAACUAGAAACAGGGGCAGUAGAAGUUACUAAAGAGGCUAGCGAUUUUAAGGCAUCUGGGAUAAAAGUUGGUGCAAAAUUGGGCUCAAAAGACAAAGGUAAAAAAUUAAGCCAAAGGCGGCGAUUAAGGAAAGAUAAGAAGAAACUGGCCAAUAAGAAAAAGGCGAGAUCCAAUACUAUGAAGAGAGUGCUUAGGCCAAGAGCCAACCAGCCUCCACAAAGCCCCAUAUUGGCAUCUCGAGAACGAAAAUGCAAAUUAGGUAAAAAGAUCUACGUUGUAGAUGGGGAUGACGAUGUUAUAGAUGACACACAAGAUGCUAAAAACGAUAUUAGCGAUACAAAUAUGGUACUGAGAAAAGCUGUAAAAGCUGAGACAGAGUUUGUGCCUCUUGAUCAGGGUGAAUUAGACGAGAUUAAGCCAGGAACCAAUUUUAAAAUCCGAUUCAAGAGACGCGGGGGUAAACUUUGGGAGAUGGAAAAUUCUGCAUUUGAUAAUGUAAUGUUUAAGAAAGAGAAGAGAGAUGAGGCUGCUGAUUGUGAUCCUUUUAAAGCUAUAAUGGACUCGGUAUCAAUUUUGAAUAUGGAAAUGGAAGCUGCAAGGGCCCAUGUGCAUGCCAGCUUAAAAUCAAAGAACAGAUUGCAUCGGUUGAAAAAAAGAGGUGAGAGACGGACUGCCAAUCUACCCACUGAGGCAAACUCGGACAGUAAAACUGUAGCGGGGGAUGAUAAGAAAGAAACGGCUGAAACCGGCAUCAAAGUGUGCCCAGAAAAGACCGAAGUUGCUGUGGUGAAAGAACCUAAAAUUGAAGAUAGGUUUUCUCAGCCUUGCUGUAUGUUUGAGCAAAAGCAAGAGCUAAAAGAUGCGAAUGGACACGCGCUCCCUGUGUUAAAACUGCGUCGGCGAACAGAAGAUAUAUGGGUGGUUGACGAUGAUGUGGAGAAAGAAACUAAAUCAGAACCACAAAAUACCGUAGAAUCAAAGGCACAGGCACCGGCACCGGCACCGACACCGACCCCGGCCCCAGCACCUGCUGUGGUUAAACAAAAAAGAAAUUUGCUGGACAGCCUUAAGAAAGAUGAAACCCCAAAUAAAAUACACACACUUUUGAAGACAGAACCAACCUCUUCACUGGCAUUGUCACUAGCACCACUCACUAUGGCCUCUCAGCAUCCUCCAAAUGAGAAUAUUAAAAUGAACACGGAGAGGCCGGAGGUGUGCAGCGGAGGAAGAAAGCAAAGACACAAAAUGGAGAGACCUCGUAAGUGUGGGCCUGCAGCUGACCCUCCUCCCACCAGCUCUGCGUCCAACCAAGCCAACACAUGCCUUAGUCACACACUCCAGCAAAUUGACAAUAGUCUCUCCCGGCUCUCAGAAGGUUUGUGUUCAUCGCAAACUUUGGAAAAAACUAGCCAGCAGCCGCAGCAGCCCCCAUGUACAAGUGCUCCUAGUUCUGUUAUCCAACCGCCAUCGCAGUUCCCGCCAUUCCCAACGGCAGACAACAUGCUUUCUGGGGAACCAAACUUCACCAACUGUUGUGACGAUAUUCUCGAUUUUCAGUGUUUGAAUUUCGAAGGGUACUACCCACCGCAAAAUAUUCUCCCAUCUCCUCCGUCUGAUCUUUGUUCUUUAGAUCCACCUACGGAUCCCUUUAGCAGCCCACUUUCACAUAGCCCCACAGAGGCCUGGACAACAGAGACGCCAUAUUUAGGACCGCCAAGUCCGAGUAAUAACUUUGCCAGUGAAGAUUUUUUCCCCGGACUCAUCCCAUCUUCCAAAAGUGAAACUGUUCCAAUUGAUUGUGAAGCAAAAGACAACGCUAAAGACAAGCUUCCAAUCAAUACAGGGUUUAAUUUCACAGCACCCAGCAGUGCAGAUAUGAUUGUGAAAGACAGGAUUAUUACAAAAACUCCAAUAGUGCGGUCGCUUUCAAAGGAAGAACCAAAAGCACAGCCAUUUUCUGUUGUGAAUAAACCACGUCUACUCCCACAGUCAUCUGCAAUUUCACAAAGUCCUGUAAAUUUGUCCCAAUCUGCUUUGAAUCUGAAACCCAUUACGAGCCAAUCCAAACUCCAUACUAGUAGCAGUAGUACUAGUAGCAGCAGCAGUAUUAGUGGUAGUGGUGGUGGUAGUAGUAGUAAUAAUAAUAAUAAUAGUAGUCUUAAGAACCAAGGAACUUUUCAUCGCCCAAGCAUUCCCAGCAAGUCCUCUCAAUCUUUUUCAUCAAGUCACGUCAAUACAGUUAAAGAACAGACUACGAUACCCAAAAUACAGAAUUCACCUAUCGCCAAUAAGCUGCUCUCACCACAGUUGUUUAGCUUGAAAAACGCAAACUCUUCACACACAAACUCUUCAGACAAUAGUUUUAACUUUCAUGAAAAGACAUCUUCCGUUAUUCAAAGGGUGCUUAAGUUCCAAGGGGGUAGCUCUACACAGGACUUGUAUAGCAGUGCUCCACCGAGAGAGCCGUCAUCUUCCAGCUCAAAAGUUCAUUUAAAAUCAAACGAAAAAAGCCAGCAACAUAAAAUUUCAACUAGCAGCCAUCAUAAAACUAGUUCUACCCAAGCGUACGCAACCUCAAAAGACGCUUCUUCGCAUAGCGCUUCCUCUUCCAGUCGAUCCAAUGCACAGUUCCCCAAGCCUAGUACAUCUUUCCCAAUGCCCAAAACAAAAACUCCAGUGGAAAAACAAGAGAGCUUUGAAGCUAACUUGUACAAAAACUUCUCAGCGCUCCCUAGACCUUUUUUCUUCCCAAGCAAGAUGACUGAAAGCUACAUGAUGAGUCAACAGGAAAAGGCCAUGAAGCAGGAAAAAUCUGGAGCAUCAAACACAGAUAAACACCAACUCAAUUUUACCCAGCAAGACCCAUUUGACUUUAGCUUUGGUUCAACCCUUUCUUCGCCAAUGCCUCAACACAGCAGCCCUCAAAUCAUUCAAAGCACUCCUCCAGGUACGCCGGUUCCUACAAGCAAAGGCCAAACAUCAUUGUCAUUCCCAUAUGGAUAUCAAGCGUUACCCAAUAUUUUAAGUUUUACAGGAGACCAUUCGCUAACUUUAGGUCUCCGAGAUGGUCCAGAAGGCUAUCCAGGACUUGGUGGCGCAAACUACACCUACCAUUGUCUCAUGGAACCUUCAGGAACCCAAGGGAGGCUAGUUUUGGAACCCUGCGGACCGCAAAUAGCCAAUCCAACUUCCUUUUCUUUGGGAGGGUUUGCUGGACUCAAAUCACAAGAAGAACAUUGCAGAAAAGAUUUGCAACAGCAGUGUCAGCCCAAUGAGCAACAACAGCAUAGCUCCUCUCACUAUGGGGCGGUCCCAAGUUCACACUCAAUGGGGUCGAACAAGCCCAAACGAGUGAGGCUAGUGGUCACCGAUGGGACCGUAGACCUGGACUUGCAGUAUUCUGAUUAAAUAGGAAUUAAGUUUAUUUGUAACUUUAUAAGCAUUGCAAUCUGGACAUUUUAUGAUGACUACACACUGUUUUCAAACUAGAAUUGUCUGGUGUUGGUGAGUUCUUCUCUCACUGUCUAAAGAAAUGCCUAUUUUAAAUCAAGGAUUUGAUAGGUCUGUAUGAGAUGAAAAUGAAAGCAAAUAGUCCAUAGUAACAUGGUGGCUCCUAACCUCAUGGCUGUAAUUGGCUUCUACCUCUACAAAACUAAAACUGUAAAAAUGCUUAUUACUAAUAAUGUGGUGUAGUUAUCAUAAUUUUUUGCCCCAAUUAAAAAUGCUUAAACUAAUUACAAUUGACAAUUUUCUUAUAGUGUACAAAGUAUUCAUGUUUUCACUAAUGUUGUGGGACACUUUUUACAAUUACAAUUUACACACAUAAUAAAUGUAUAAAAUACAUUGAAUAUACUAUUUGACAAGGGUUGAAAUGCCCCCAAACUAUUGUACUGUAAUAUACUUGUACAUUGAUUUUGUUUUUCUAUACAAUGUAUGGCUGUAGAGACUUAGGCUUAAAAGGCAGUUUUGUGCCUAUGUAUUUGAUAAAUGUUCUUGUGAUUUUUCAAGGCAACUAUUUAUCAGUGAUUAUUCCCUUUUGUAAAUGGUCCUAGGGUGAGCUGUGCACGUGGAAGUCUCUUAAAGGGACAGUACAGUUUUUUUUUUUCCCCUUGUAGAAAUAUGAUAAUGGUGGGGGACUGGGGAACUCUCCAAGGUACUAGACUUACAAAUUAGUUUUUUUAUUGAUAUUUUGUACUAUCCAGAUACAGAGCAGACCAAGUCUAUUAGUUUUUAUUUUAUUUUAUUUUAUAUUUUAUUAUCAAAAUUUAUCUUAGUCCUAUUUUUGUUGGGUAUUUGCCCUCUAAUCACACAAAAUAUAUAUAUAUAUAUAUAUGCUACUAGUGUCCCUCAAAUUCUAUGAGAUUUGUAAAUUUUACUGGCACGUCUGAUAAAACUUUCUAUAAACUAGUUAAAGGUAAAACUGUACUCUCCCUUUACAUGCUCAUGGUUUGGUCAAAUGUUAUGCUAAAUUUAAUUAAAAUUAGCGAAUGUUUCAUAAAUGAAAGGGUGCAUGUGUAAGUUAAUGUAUAAAGUAUACACAUAGUUAUAUAAAUAUAUAUAUAUAUAUAUGGUAGGUUAAUUCAGUACUACAUGUGAGUGUGGCGUUAGCUGCAGUGGAUAAAUGAAUGGGAGCCAAUGCAAUAUGUUUUUCUUCUCCAAUUAAAGCGUCAUCAUGGGACAUUUGACACACCCAAUAGUUACACAUUUUUAUGUCAGAACGUGACAAUCUCCGACUGAGUGGCCCUUGCUUAUUUGUACAUUUAUCUAACAGUUUGUGAAUAUUAUGGACUGAAUUUGGGUUGUCAUCACCUGGAAAGUUACUUCUUUUGGUGUUGUUGGAGUUACAUUGUUUAUAUUGUAUCUAGAGUUAUAUGUUGUGAGUUUUGCAGAAAAACAGCCUUGCUUCCCACAUAAACUUGUACUGUCUUAAGAUUAUUUAUUUGAAUAAUAUUGUCAUUUUCAAAAUGGUGCUUUAUUGUAAUUUAUAUUUCACAUUGAUUGUGCAUAUAUGACAUCCUUGGUUUUGUAUUUAAUCGAAUAGAACCUGAACUGCAGAUUUGACGUACAUAUAUUUAAGUUCACAUACAACUGUCUCUCUGUUUAUAAAAGCAAAACGUGUUAUUAUAAAUUGGCAGUUACUGAGAAUCUGCUGUAGAAAUGUACAAUUGUAGUCUAUAUCAUUAAAGACAUUUAAUUCUUUUGGUAA